AGUUGAAUUUCAAAGGAUUAGAACGAAGAGUAGAGAGUAUGAUGCCUGCUGAAGGUUCAACUGUUCUCCUUCUCCUUCUUUACUCAGCCAGUUGUACACCGUACAGUGCUCAUCAAAGCUCUUCAGAAAUGAGUUUGCUGGGAUCGAAUGCUCAAUUUGAUAUAACAGAGAACUUGGAGGAUGAAGCGUUUAUCUACCUUUACGACAACUAUAUUGAACAGUACGAGAAGGAUGUUGAUUAUCUGAAUAUGGAAGAUAUAGUUUACCCAACCCUUGGUAGGGAGGACCUCAAUCUUACUGUAGAAACAGGUGGGAUCGGAGCUUCUAGUGCACAGGCUCUAUCUAUUACUGAGGUCGGAGAUUUCUCAAGAAACUUUGGAACCUACAUCGGAGAUAUCAAGUCGCAUGCACACCGAACCCGGGGCCAUGUUUAUGCAGUAGACAAGAACCAUCUGUUCAUAAGGAAGUUCAGCUAUGACGGUGGUGGAUCCCUGGAUGCUUACUUCUGGGUUGGCUCUGACCAGCAGCCGUCUCCUAGAGGUCAAGUUGUACCUUAUCCACCUCAUGAAGGAUUUGAUAGGUUAACUGGUAAACCCCUGCCUAUCCCUGAAAUGAAAGGGGUGAAUAUUCUGCUUCCUCUACCCCCCAGACGAACAACGGGAAUACCGAUGGAUAUCACUGAAAUAAAAUGGCUCUCUGUUUGGUGCACUAGAUUUACUGUGAAUUUUGCGCAUAUAUUUCUGCCAACAGAUCCCAGAAUUCCACGCAGAAUGCAUGUUCAUGCUUUCCUCAGACUAUUUGCGCCCAGUCAAAUCAGCUCUGAUAUUGUCCAACUACUUGAUGAUAAGACGAUCUAUAUUCCUAAUUUCUUCCUGACAGUUGGAAACAAUCGAGGAUAUAAGUUUAAGGGAAGUAGAAGGAAGACACCGGAAAAGUUCGAAAUUGAGGUUCCCAAUGAAAACAACAGAUUAGACGAUCUAAGAGACUACAACGGUCGAGAUGUUACUCUCAUCUUGAAUGGGAAAGCUUCAUUCUACAGCAUCCGAUAUAUUGCUGUAUACGACGAUAUAAACGGUCAAGUUCUGGGUCAGGUGGAGAUUCCAACACCCGAGGAAUUAGAAUCCCAUCCUCUCCCCCCGGCCUUAGGACAGAACCAGCAGUGGUGGCCGGAGCAGGUUCCACCUCCCUCCACCCCCUCCUCCCCUCGGCACACAACAUCAAGAUAUGAUGACAAUGUUGGACCCAGCUACAUGACCCCUCCACCCACACCGGUCAAACUAUACGAACUACCAAACUGCAGGGAGUUCCUGGGCAGAAGAAUAAGGGUUCAAUGGCAAAGUGACUCUGACAAGAUAUAUUUCCGCGUGCAAGCAAAGACGAAGGAAACGGACUUUGCCGCGCUCGGGUUUGUUGAUCCACGGUCACGCGCAGGCUUGUCAGGGAUUGAGGCAGAUAUUGUGAAGAUCUUCAUGAACAACAGCAACAGUAUGUUCAGCAGUGGCAGCAGCAGUAGUAGUAGUAGCAGUCCACCAACCUUCACUGUAGUCGAUAGCUUUCUCAGCUCAUCUAGUCAGUGUACUCUCAGGGCUGGUUUGUGUGCGGAUAGAGAUCAUGGAUCCCACGAUAACGUUAUCCUAGUUGAUUAUCUCAGACAAGCGGAUAUCUCUACUGUGGAUUUUAUAAAACCGAGACAGGCGUUAGAUAGACAUGAUACAACAAUAUCAGAUGAUUCACAUACAGAGGUGGUGGUGGGAAUAGGAACUCUUAGGGCUGCUACUAGGGCCUGGCAGGAGAAUUAUGAAAACGAAUUCAAUAUGGAGAAUGGAACAAUAGAUUUCAAUUCAAAGGAAGCGCAAAGUUGUCUUGAAUAUACGAGUCCUAAAGCAGACGGGGGAUUAAAGUGGAAGGUGCCAUUCAAACUCCGGAGCGGAAUUCAAAACUUUGAGGUUAGGUUGGGACCUACUGGUGGAUCUAGAGGAUACAAGGCUAUAACUGGCGAGGAACCUCCGUUCAUAGAGCUUUGUUGGUGGAUUAAUGGAGUAAUCAUGCCUGAACUUCAUGUUUAUAGAGGAGAAACAUACUAUUUCAAGGUACAGGGAGGGGACAGUGACCGGCUGGGACUAGCCAACUUCCAUCCCUUCUAUAUAACCAGCGACAAGGCCGGGGGAUUCAAUAAAAAACAAGAUCAUGAAAAAGCUGGAGAGAAGAUUUUUGCAGGUGUCGAGGAUCCAUACGGAUUCAAUCCACUACCUACAGCAAAGGGAGCUUUGUGUUAUUGGCAGUCUAAACAAGGACAGGAUCGCUGGAGGGAAUCAAGAACAUUCAAGGAGUAUCAGAGUACCCUGGAGGUAAUAUGUGAGGGUGGAUCUGAGAGUCAGUAUGGUCUCCUAAACUGGACAGUUACAGAGGAUACACCAGAUCUUGUUUACUACCAGAGCUACACACAUGAGGGUCUGGGUUGGAAGAUAAAUGUUCGGGACUCAAACUCAAGUUUUUCACUUCAAGGAUCAGUUAUUCUCAUCCUCAUCCUCUCACUCUCUAGUCUGGUCUCAGAGUGAUAAGUGAUACAUUUCGAUCUUUGGAUCAAAAAUGUCAGAAGUGUUGUGAAAAUUACAAAUAGUAGGUGUACAACUAUGUACAUUGUACACGGUGUACUGUACAUGACUAAUGGUACAAUUAUGUAAAUUGUACAACUACGUGAUUGAUAAAGGAAAUACUAUGGUUGUUAGUGUAACACAAUCAUAUCAUAUAACUAGCAAUACACGUACAUAACCAGUAUGGUGUACAUGUAUGUACGUUUGUUAAACGUAUUAGAUGCGUAAUUUGACGAUUGACGGCCUUACCAAUAUCCUUUUUUUGUGAUUGGGGGAUUGAAUUCUAAUCCGUUAAAAAAGGAAAGAAAAUAUUUGUUAAUUUUGUGAAAUAUUGCGCAUUUUAUCAUUUUCCAUAAUUUUCUAGAUUUUGAAUAUUCAGAGUAUGUUGCAGAUAUCAUUUUUUAUUCUCCUCAAGAUUCCUUUCUAGAUUAAACAAAUUGAGUGAAUUUUAUUUAAAGAUAUUCUGGAAAUAUCCUCCGCCAUUUUGAUUUUAAUUGGAGCCCAUUUAAUCUUAGUUUAAUAUUAAGAAUAAACAAGAAAAUCCAGUUUUUCAGGAUUAGUUUAAAGGGAUUGUACACUAUUUCAAAAUACACAUAAAACCGACAUUUUUUAAUCAAGGGUACUUUGUUAAUUUGAAAUAGAUAAACAAUUCUCUUAAACUUUUAAAGAUGGACUCCGUAAAAUAAUUCGGAGCAAACCAAAAAUAGAAGAAAGCGAUGUUUUUAGAAAGAAAAAAUUGUAAAAAUCGUUCCGAAAUUUCAGAUCAGAUUACUCGUUCAGUUUCUGGAAAGGCUUUAACAAGUUUUCAGAACAAAUUUUUGUUUUUAUUAGGCUAGUUUGUUUUCGGAGGUCUUUAAAUGGGUUUAGCUUAAAAAGGCAAAUAAAAAAUGUUAGAACGAGGAGAGGCACAGUGAGGCAAAGAUUCUAGAAAUCUUCAUAAAAAUAAAAUCACCGUUUGUAAAAUGUAUCAUGAAACAAUUAUAUAAAUGGAAACAGAUCAAUGGAAGUAAUUUUGAUAAAUCCAUUUUGGAAAAAGUGGAUUUAUACUUACCUAAUAUUUAAUGGAAACUGUACCUUACCUUAAUCAAGGCUUUCAGAGGCUUUCUUUUAACUGUUUAAAAACUGAUUUACAUGUUAUAUUUCAUAGUUGAGUGGACCGUUGGAAACAUUUAUGUAUCAAUACUAUAUAUAUAGUUAUUUGUAAUAUUUAUUGUUAAAGUGCAUCUGUUCAACAAUAUAGCCAUUCUAAGCAUGCGAUUUUAAUGAACUGAUUUCCAGCCAUACAAAAUAGUUUCAAGGAGUAAACACUUGUUUGAAUCUGUACAAACCGGUUUCAAGCUGAACAAACUGUUUCAAGCUAAAAUAACUGGUUUUAAGCGGGAUAUAUAAACUGGGUUUAAGUUGAACAAACUGGUUUCAAGCUAGACUAACUGGUUUUAAGCUGUACAAACUGGCUUCAAGCUGCUCAAACUGGUUUAAAGUUUAACAAACUGGUUUAAAUUUAUUUUACACACAUCAUGUGUAAAAUUAGACUUUUUUGUAAAUUUUUCCAAAAGAAAACAAGUGUCCACCAUGAAACAAGUUAUCACUAACCAAAAAAGGCCCACAAUCUUCUAAAAACAAGUUCCCUACUUUUCAUCACUUUUAUCACUGGAACAUCUUGGCUUUCAAGCAAACAUUUUCUUCUUAAAGAUUAUCUAAUUAUAAUAAAACCAUUAAAAUAUUUAUCAAGAUGUUAAAAUUGGAUAUUUAUAUAUUCUCUUUAUCUAUAUUUGUAUAUUUCUGUUAUAUGUAAUUAUCAAGCUGUUUAACUUUCUAGAUUAUUUAAUGAAUAUUCAGUUGACAACUUUACCCUCACUUUCAAGUAUUUUAUUCUAAAUAACUAGUUCUGAGCUGGGAACUUUAGUGUUGGGUACUCAUAAUUCCGAUCCGCAGAUCUCAAUAUUCACUGUGGGCACUUUAAAUUUGAGGAUCAAAUCUAUAUCUCUUCAUUUCAAAUAUUCUUCCAGGGUACGAUAACCAUGCGGGAUAUCGAGUAAAGGUUAAAUUGAUCUGCAGAUAAACGAAAGAUCAAGAUCAAGCAUUAAUUUCCAUUUCCACAAUACAAGAGUUUCCGGCUCAGAUUACAUAUCUAGCUAACUAACUAGCUGAUUAGUUUACUAAUUCUGAUUACAUAUCUAACUAGCUGAUUAGUUAGCUAGACCUGAUUACAUAUCCAACUAACAAGCCAACUGAUUAGAUGAUUAGUUUUGAUUACAUUUCUAACUGGCUAACUAGCUGAUUAGUUUACUAGAUCUGAUUACAUAUCUAACUAACUAAUUAGCUGAUAAGUCGAACAUAGUUCUGAUUACAUAUUUAAAAAGCCAAUUAGCUGAUUAGUUGGCAAGUUCUAAUCCUUAAAUCUUGUAAUAGCUAACGAGCUGAUUAGCUGAACAUAGUUAAUUACAUAUCUUACUAGCUAAAUAGCUGAUUAGUUGACUAGUUCUGAUUACAUAUCUAACUAGCUCCAUAACUGAUUAGUUGGCUAGUUCUGAUUACAUAUCUAACUAGCUAAAUAACUGAUUAGUUGGCUAGUUCUGAUUACAUAUCUAACUAGCUAAUUAGAUGAUUAGUCAUGGCUAGUUUUGAUUACAUAUCUAACUAGCUAACUAGCUAAUUAGUUGACUAGUCUGAGUAAUUAACUAGCUAAAUAGCUCUCUUGGCUGCUUGGGUAAAGUUUUACAACUGAGUUAUCUAAUAUCAAGUCAACUUACAAACUAGCCAGAAGACUUCACUUUUAAAUCAGUGAAUUUUUUUGCAAAAGCUAAGCAGCUAUUCUUUAUCCUUGUGUGCUACAGGGUGGCGCAUAUAUUCGACCAAACAACUGUAAAUUACACCCUUUUACUAGUAUGUAGUGUAUACAUAGAUUUUACAUAUCAAUUGAAAUUUCUACUUAUCAUCAUUAAUCAACAUUUUUCACAUUUCAAAUGUUGUAAUAAAUUGCUUUCACCAGAUAAUAAACUAUACAAAAUUGA